GCUUUUGUUGGCGUUGGUUUAUUUGUCUGUCUGUCUGCUUGCCAGCAGGAUAGCUCAAAAACCUACAAACGGUUCAACCAACAACAAUAAGUGUUCUUAAUGGAGAAUCUUUUCACAUGACUGUGCUCAGGUGCGUGACAACAUCCAGAAGGCCCAGGAAAGGCAGAAAUCUUCCUACCGGAAGAAGAGCAAAAAGGGAGUGAAGCGUUUCACGAUCACUCCUGGCAUGGUGGUCCUGAAGAGGAACGAGCGGAAACGUGGCAGACCUGGUAUGACCAUGCUUCCUGAUUGGUCGUCCACUGAGUACAGGGUCAUCAGUGUGGACAACAACCUCGUCCAGCUGGAGACCAUGGACGGUCAACCACUGUCGACGAAGACACCCUACGCUUCAGUGAAGCCUCUGCGGGGGCAGACUGACAUGUCCACAGACAGAGCUGUUGGAAUGACAUCUGCUGACAGCUCAGAUGUUGUGGACAACACACUUCAGGUGACAGGCAUCGCAACCACUUCUCUGUCUGCUCAGGCAGAGACUGGGGAAUCCAGUGAUUCACCCAUCUCUAAGGUCGAGCAAGACACACAAGAGGAUGCUGAAGUUGUCAUCGUAGGUGUUCAGUCAGGGAGGCCAUUGCCAGCUUUGAGGAGGGAUGAAAGGAUGAGCGACUUUGGAGCCCUUCUCUCUAGUCCCCACACCUGGCUGAACGAUGAGACCAUGGACCACGCUCAGGCUCUCUUGAAGGCACAGUUCCCGUCAACGGAGGGUUUGUAUGCCACCACCUCUGUGGCUCUACUCUCAACUGUGCCGGGACCAACCCAGGGGUUUGUACAGAUUUUUAAUUUGUCCGCAAACCACUGGGUUACGGUAAGUAACAUUGGAUGCAAGGUACGUGAAGUAAACGUUUUCGACUCGAUGAAUGCUUCACAUACACCGGAAUUCCUGAUGCAAAUCACUGCUUUGGUUUGUUUUCCAGGACGGACGGUGAGGAUUCUUUGGCCAAGCAUCCAGCAGCAGCAUGGUGGCAGUGACUGUGGUCUGUUUGCUAUUGCAAACAGUCUUACACUUUGCAGAGGUGAGGAUCCUUGUCAGACCACCUACAAUCAGGUACUGAUGCGAGCCCAUCUCUUCUCUUGCUUUCAGAGGGGACACCUGGCGCAGUUCCCAGAGUCUGCUGUGAGUCCACCAUUUACAAUGCCGCAGACCAUGGAGGUGGAGGUCCACUGCCACUGCCGGAGACCAAUUCGCGAUGGUAAGGAUGCCGUUGUUUGUAGGAGAUGUGGACAACUAUUCCACCAGUUUUGUGUAGGUACUGUUGACACGUCACAGUAUGUAUGUAAGAAGUGUACUGUCAUUGUAUUUUGUUAACCUUUUCUGAUUCUACAGGGCCAAUUUGUAUGAAUGUGAUAUUACUUUGUAAGUUGAAUGUUGCUUUAAUGUUUUCCUAGUGUUUUUGCAGGUGUUUUCCCAUACUCUAAAUCAGUUCUAAUCAGUUCUGUUCAGACUUCAAAUCAGUUCUAUUUUUUAUUCAAA